AUGCGUGCCCCAUCCCCGCUCGUCCUCCGGAGCAUGAGCUCACGGCUCGGACGAACAUAUCAACAAAAGCCAUUUAUCCUGCCAAAUAUCUCCCGCCCAGCAUACAGAGCAGUAGCAAGCUACACGCACCCACACCAUGCCUCAGCACUCUCAAUCCUCCCAACCGCAGUGGACACCUCCUCACCGGACUACAUCGAAAACAGCCAACAAAUGCAAGACCUCCUAGACAAAAUGAGCACCCUGCACAGCAAAGUCGCACGCGGUGGAACCGAUAAAGCCCGAGAGAAGCACAUCUCUCGCGGCAAAAUGCUCCCCAGAGACCGGAUCUCCGCCCUAGUCGACCCAGGCACCUCGUUCAUGGAACUAUCUGCCCUAGCCGGACACGCAGUCUACGACGAAGAUGUCCCAGCCGGGGGUAUAAUCACAGGCAUUGGCAGCGUCUCCGGCGUGAACUGCAUGAUCGUUGCAAACGACAGCACAGUCAAGGGCGGCACUUAUUACCCGAUCACUGUAAAGAAGCAUCUACGCGCACAGGCAAUCGCACAGGAAAACCGUCUACCGUGUAUCUACCUCGUUGACUCGGGUGGUGCGAACCUACCUCAUCAAGCGGAUGUCUUCCCAGACCGCGAUCACUUUGGUCGGAUCUUCUUUAACCAGGCGCGGAUGAGCUCACUAGGGAUUCCGCAGUUGUCUGUUGUUAUGGGACCUUGCACAGCCGGUGGUGCGUACGUGCCUGCUAUGAGUGAUGAGACUAUCAUAGUUGAGAAUCAGGGGACUAUUUUCCUGGCCGGUCCGCCUCUUGUUAAGGCUGCUACCGGCGAGGAGGUUUCUGCUGAGGAUCUUGGUGGUGGGCUGUUGCAUUCUACUAUUUCCGGUGUGACGGAUUACCUGGCUGUUGAUGAUGCGCAUGCCAUUGUGCUUGCGCGUCGCUCUGUUGCGAAUCUCAAUUAUCCUACUGCUAAUUCUGCGUCUGCUUUGCAGUUGGAGAACGGGAAGGGUGAUUCGCUUGUUAUCAAGGAACCGCUUUACGAUCCUAAUGAGUUGAAUGGUAUCGUGGGUACGAAUUUGCGCCGCCAGAUCCCCGUGCAUGAGGUUAUUGCGCGGAUCGUUGAUGGCAGUGAAUUCGCCGAGUUUAAGCGUGAUUAUGGGUCUACGCUUGUUACUGGCUUUGCGCGUAUCCAUGGUCAUCGCGUGGGUAUCGUUGCGAACAAUGGUAUUUUGUUCUCUGAGUCUUCGCUCAAGGGCGCGCAUUUCAUUGAGCUCUGUGCGCAGCGGAAGAUCCCUCUUGUCUUCUUGCAGAAUAUCUCUGGCUUUAUGGUCGGCGCUGAUGCCGAGAAGGGUGGUAUUGCCAAGAACGGUGCAAAGCUUGUGACUGCUGUUGCUUGUGCUGAUGUGCCCAAGUUCACUGUUGUCUUUGGAUCCAGUGCUGGUGCUGGAAAUUACGGAAUGUGUGGACGUGCUUAUUCGCCCCGUCUCCUCUUCAUGUGGCCCAACGCUAAGAUCGGCGUUAUGGGAUCCGAGCAGCUGUCUUCGGUUAUGGAGGCUGUGGGUCGGACAGCUGAUCCGGCAUUGAAGGAACGCAUUGACCGCGAGUCCGAGGCAACUUUCUCCUCGGCUCGGCUGUGGGAUGAUGGUGUUAUUCCCCCUGCUCAGACGCGGAAGAUGCUUGGUUUGGGUCUUGAUGCUGCUGUUGGUGGGAAGGCUGAACCGGAUGUACAGACCAGAUUCGGUGUGUUCCGUAUGUAG